UGUUAUUAAUUUUGUAGAAGUAACACUUCCGUCUGGAACACAUAUUACGCCUUUGACAGACACCUCAGCUGGAACUGAAGCUGCUGUUUCCGGUGAACAGGUGGGAGAGUCAGGAGAUUCUGAAGUCGGUGCUGUCAUUGGUGCCUCAGUUGUAUCUGUCCUGGUAGUGAUUGCUGUUGUUGUUGUCGUAGUAAUUUUGAAAAGACGAAAGAAGCUUCCAUCCUUAUGCAAACAAGCAGUUCCGGCAAAGGAAUUUGGGUAUCAGCAACCAAAACAUACGGUAGAUGAGAUGUCACGUGAAAACCAUGAUUACGACCAAGCAAACGUUAGUACUGACAACACUGUUAACAUCAAUAGUGACAGCAACUAUGCCCACACUUAUUUUGUGCUAGAACAACAUGUAAACGAAUCUUAUACUGAUAAUACAACUUACGACACUUCUGGCAAUGCUAACAAGACUACAACAGAACAAGACAAUGUCUAUAAUAGGCUGGAAACAGACAAUAAUAAAACGUAUGAUCAUGUACACACUAAGAUAAGAAAUGGAGUACUCAAGUUUGACGACACAUAUGACACUACGCACAAGGCAGCUAUGAAAUUGAAGGCCAGACCUGGUAAAGAUUCAGAUGCAUUUGGUGAGACAGAUGAAGAUGCGUGUAAUCAUAUAACAAGCAAACAAGUUACAAACACCAAAACAGAAAAUGAAUAUGGUGUACCAAACACUCUUGAAAACGCAUAUGGAGAUGUUAUUGCUAACAAUAAGAACAAUACGCAUGAUGAAGGAGACACCUACAGUCACAUCAACAAAAAACCACAGAACAAAGAAAAACAAGGCAACUCGUUUAGCAAAUCGAAACAAAUUCAUGAUUCAAAAAUGUCCGAGGGAAACCAAGACGCAGACUACGAUGUAACCGACAGAGAUGGCAAACUGUUAACUGCUGAUAACGAUUACUCAACAAUUGGAACAGUUCAUUAGCAAGGAAACGUUUAAAUUGUUGUUCUUAUGACAGAACACUGUGUGAAUGUAUUUGAAGAGUUUCAGAAUUUCAAGCUUCGUUGUUCAAUAGUAAACCUAGUCUAAUAUUUCUAAAUCAAGCGGUUUAAUUUGUAUAUCUUAUAUUUACUGAAGUCACAAACUAUGAGCAGUAUUUGGCUAAAUAUCUCGGAAUGGCUAUAAAAACAAUACAAUCCAAUGUCAUACUAGAUUGAUAAAGUGAUACAUUGUAAUACACGUAUCUGUGAAUUAAUGUCUGCAGAAGCCCGCAGAUUGUUGGUGACCAAGCGAAUAUCACAAACGUUUUGCAGGCGUUAACACUCAAAACAAUCGUGUAAUGUCGCUUUCCUUGCAUAAAACAUGACACGAAGACUAAAUGGCUUGUUUUCAUAUGAGAUGAUUUUACGAUUCAGGUACAACUUUAAUUACCGCUCUGUUCUUAAAUAAGAUAAACAUAUUUUAAAGUUAGUUUUCACAGAACAGUAACAGUUGUUCUUCCUGUACGUGGUCAGAUAAUUUUGUUUCAAUAUUGAAGCAGUAAAAAUUACCAAAUUCAACAUACUUUCUGAAGUUUUUUUUAUGGGAAAGACCAACCCUCUAGCUGUCAUCAAUGACACUUAAGCAAUUAAUAAAAUAGCACUGUUAACAUUGCGCAUGCGUAGACAUCUAUUUCUGGAUAUAAACAAUUUCAAUGUCUGGCCGUAAGAAACCGAGAAUCUUUAAACAAUUAACGUUUAUAUUGAAAGAUAUUUAUCAUUUGUAAACAAAAAAUACAAGUUACGGUCAAUUUCUUAUCAAAAUCAACUAGCCUUUGCUGACUGUUAACAUUCGGGGAUUUUUGACGUAUGGGAAAAAAAAACGAACAAAAAGUUAUACUUCGAAUUUCACGUUUUAAAAAAGGUUUUUGUAUUCCUUACAAAAAUCAGCGAUUUUAAAGUAACAAAAUGGAUUUGAAUUUAAAUUUAGCAAUUACUAUUUCCAUAGUCUGAAAUCGUAAAUAAAUGAUAUAAAAGCUUGCAAUUACAUGGAAGGUUACAUCAAUAUUCAUAACCGGGCGCACAAAUCAAAAACACUACCAAAACUCUAUGUGCUCAAGGUUUUUAAACGACUGUUUUUCUUUGUCGUUAUUACAGACGUGAUAUUUACCUGGUUUUGCAUAUCACUUUAAAGAUUCUGUUAGCAUUAACACAAUUUUAAUUAUAUUUGUAUUGAGUCAUUUUGAUGACGAACCGUUUUCAAUGUGUUGACCUGUUUCCAAAAUUUAUAUGAGUUUUGUGAGAUAUUAAAUAAAAAAACAUACCGAUUUAUUUUUUCCAAAAGCGUUGGUAUGAUUCCUAAAGUAUACAAUCACAGAAGUGACAUGCCAAAGAAUAUAUAUUUUCCUAACGCCCACUUUAAAAGAGAGUAAAGAGCUAUGCAAAUAUAAAUAUUCGGCCCUGACAUAGCAUUUCAAAAAUAAAAGCCAUUAUCAACAGCAAUUGCCUUGUUGAUACAUGCACAUGCUUGGAUGAUGGAUCAGUAAAAUGUAGUUUUAUGCUGUUUGCUAAAGUCAUCUAGUUUCUGUUAGUUUUAUUAAGAUUAAAAUGAUAUAAAAUAUAUAUUUAUUAAUUAUAUUUUACUGGUUUUGUUGCACAUGAGACACAUUAACUACUAAAUGUUUUGCAAUGCAUACUAUCAAUACGUCAGAAAAUCUAAAAUGGUAAUUCACCGUUACUAAAUUUAAUCUCAAGUUUCAGAUAUGAGUAUAACGAGUGAAUAAUUUGUUAAUUCAUUGAAGGAAACUCAUCAUUAGUUCUACAAAAUUAUGUACAUGUAUUUAGUUGUUGAGCUAGAAAAUUUACAAUAUAUGAGUUUUGUGGUUAUAUGUGUUGAAACGUAUUUUAAAGUAAUAUAUUCAUGUCAAAAAACGGUCAUUUUUGAUGAUUAUUUUGGUCGGGAUUCCCGCAAAUGAGUAUUUUUGUAAUGUGUAGAACUGAUAAAGGCAUGAUUCAAAGUUCCGGACUCUAUAGGGUCGGCGGAGGCUAAAAUACUAACCCGAAGUUUAAAGGUGGUCAACUUAGAAGGGUCAUCCAUCCGUAUAGAUUAAUGUUAGAUUUACGAAUAAAAGGGACGGUUAUGAGACUUUUUUCUCUACCAUUUUCUACAUCUUCUUUCAUACUAUAAAAUUAUACAUCCGCCAUAGGCCAGUCAUUUGCAGGAAAUGCGGGACAGAAUUUAGUAAGUGUGUUAUUUAAGUAUUUGUUGUAUUGAAACUUAUAUCUUAUUCGUUUUUGUCGUAUUAAAGAGUGAAUGGUCAGUUUGAAAAUGGUUUGCAAUGAAGUGUUACGUAAUAUGUGGAAAACAUUGACUCUACUUUUUCCUCACAAAUCUCAAAAUUUUGUUAUUUGAUUUUCCUGGCACUGGUAUCAGCACGUUUUCCUGGAAUUUUAAAUUUUACUCUCCUUUGCUCCCAAUGAAAAAAUAUAACCUAGCAUACUAUUAAAAAUCUUUCAAAACGUCUGACACUCUCGACCUGCAACAUCGUCAUAACAUGUUUAACGUUCAAAAUUGCGGAUUCCAUUGAAAGUAUUAAGAAUGAACAUGUGAAACUUCGCUGCAACCAUCUCCAAUCAACAUCCUCUUGUAUAUAAAUUAUGAAAAAAAAGAUUACCUUAAGUUUUUGUUUUAUGUCAUAUUUCAUAGAGAGCCAUAUUAAAGGAAACUGAUUUAUGUAAACCACCAAUGUGUUUAUAAAUGCUUGUUUCUAUAGUAAAAGUAAUAUAUUUUUGUAUAUAGAUAUAAUAGGAAAACUGAAAAUUUGUUUUCUAUUUUUGAUUUCGCAAAACUUAGUUUUAGCUUGGAUUUGUGCAUUAUUUUUCUGUUAUCUCUUAAAAUCAAAUUUACUUUCAAUUGCAAUAAAAAGCUUAUUAAAACGUU